AUGCCCGCCGACUCCAAGACAAAGUCUCGGCCCCAACAGUCGUGUCUGAAAUGCCGCGAACGCAAGGUGAAGGUGAGCGACCGUGGACCCAAUCCCCUGAUCGUGCUGAUGUUUUCAACCGUUUAUCUCACCACCGCCGAGGACCGCGUGCAUAUCAAUAUGGCCGAGACCAUCGAGCGACUGCGGCGCGAGGUCGAGGAGCUGCGCAGCCGACACAACCAGCCCGCGCGCGAACCCAGUGAGGGAAGUCGUAGCUCCGGCCAAAAAUACUCGUGCGGAGAGUCGGGAUAUGCCCAUUAUUCACAUUCACACGCUGGCGGGGAGGGGGCCGAGGGCAGCAGUCGGCCCGGUUCUUCACCGUCGUCCCCAUCGACCAUGACCAACUCCCGAACCGUGGCUAGUCCCGACAGCACGGGCAGUGACGGCGGCGUGACGGGGUUUCCACAACAUUAUUAUUCGGUCCCGACGCAUCCGUAUGUCGCUGAGCUGGAUGCUUCGGUGACGAUGGCCGAGGCGUCGGCGUAUUCUUAUUCGAUGGACACACCGACACCGACAAUACUCAGCAGCUAUACCGGAGGCAUGCCGGGACUGUCAGAGACGUCCAUGGCCAUGUCCAUGUCCAUGUCCAUGCCCCAUAUGCCCCCAGCACCGACAAGCCAUGCAUAUGGGAUCGAUAAUGCAGACUAUAAUCCGCAAGCCUACAAAGGAGAACAAGCCUACAACGAAGACUCAUCAUCCUGGUACCACAGUAAUACAUCAUUACCUCAUGCAUACCCUAAUCACAAUCCUCCAUCUACUUUCCACGCCAAUCCCGAAUUACUAUCCAUCCCACCCGCCCUCCAUAGCCACCUAUACAAUCUCGCGCCGACCUUGAAUACCCCACACCAAACCCCAAGCUCCUGGAAAGGCCGGAACAAUCAAGAACUCCUCGAGACCCUGCUGGACACGAUCGGGAGCUGUGACGAACAGCUCGUGGCGCAGGUUGUCCACGUCGUGCGCGCGAGUCCCACGCCCGAGGACGCCGUGUCCGGCAUCUGUCAGGUCCUGGGAAUCGGGAGACCUGGACAAUCAUGA